AUGGCCAGUAAUUCCAUUAAACUGCAAUCCUCGGAUGGAGAGAUUUUCGAUACAACCGUUGAAAUCGUCAAAUGUUCUGGAACGUUGAGAACCAUGAUCGGUCUGAGUAUUGCUGAGACUGGGGACCUCGUUCCGCUGGAGAACGUGGCCGGCGCAACACUUCGGAAGGUACUCGAGUGGGCCACCUACCACAAGGAUGAUCCGGCACCGAUUGAAGAUGAGGGUGAGAAACGGUCGGACGAUAUCUGCCAGUGGGAUCAGGAGUUCCUCCGCGUCGACCAGGGUACUCUGUUCGAGCUGAUUUUGGCCGCCAAUUAUCUGGAUAUCAAGGCUCUUUUGGAUAUUGCUUGUAAAACGGUGGCGAAUAUGAUCAAGGGUAAAACACCGGAGGAGAUUCGGCAGACUUUCAACAUUAAAAAUGAUUUUACACCGGAACAGGAGGAACAAAUUCGUACGGAGAACGACUGGUGCGAAGAAAUGAAAUAG